UCUAGGUCAUUGUUUUUUCUGAAGUUGUUGAAUUCUGCAAUCAUUUGAGUUUAUUUUGUUGUAAUUCCUUCGACAUGAAUGAAGGGCAAAAUACAUGAGAUGUGUUUCAAUCCAUCCCAUUUGUUUUCAGGUUUGCCGCAGAGCUGUGGGAAAAAAGGUGAUAGACGUUCAUCACUGAAAACAAACUAUGGAUGUCCACAAGCCUGAAGACAAAAACAAUGGCGUGUGGCUGAUCUUUUUCAUGCUGGGUUUAGGAACUCUCCUGCCAUGGAGCUUCUUCAUGACAGCCACCAUGUAUUUUACCAGCCGUCUCAGAGACCCCACCCAAAUAUCAACCGACAAACCCUACGACCGUAAUCCUACGGAGGCCAGUUACAAUAACGUAUCGCCACUUUGUGCCACGGUGCCUGUACUGAUCUUCACCUGUCUCAACUCAGUCCUGCAUCACAGGAUUCCUCAAAAGUUCCGGAUCAUGGGCAGCCUGGCGGUGAUUUUGGUGCUGUUUCUUAUCACAGCCAUCGCGGUGAAAAUAGACAUGGCCGCGGGCCCUUUCUUCACAUUAACCAUGAUCAAGAUUGUUAUCAUAAACUCUUUUGGAGCUAUCCUGCAGGGCAGUCUGUUUGGUAUGGCAGGCCUUCUUCCCGCCAAAUACACCACACCCAUAAUGAGUGGGAAAGGCCUGGCGGGCACGUUCGCUGCCUUCUCCAUGAUCUGUGCUAUCAUCCGGGUCCUGGCUCUCUCUGUGUGUUUUGCCUUCACCGUCACCAUCGGUGUCUACCCUGCUGUCACGGUGGAUGUCAAGUCUGUCGUCGCUAAUGGAGACGCCUGGGAGAUGUACUUCAUCCCCGUGUGUUGUUUCCUGCUCUUUAACCUGAGCGACUGGGCCGGGAGAAGCCUCACUGCUGUGUGCACGUGGCCUGGGAAGGACAGCAAACUGGUGCCCAUUUUUAUGGUAGCCCGUGUGAUCUUUGUGCCUCUCUUCAUGCUGUGCAACGUUCAGCCCCGCUACAACCUGCCUGUCGUCUUUCAACACGACGCCUGGUUCAUCGUCUUCAUGAUCCUCUUCGCCUUCUCCAGCGGAUACCUGGCCAGCCUCUGCAUGUGCUUCGGGCCCAAAUUAGUUGCUCCUCAUGAGGCAGAGACUGCUGGUGCCAUCAUGGCAUUCUUCCUGUCCCUGGGUUUGGCUCUGGGAGCAUCCUUCUCAUUCCUCUUCAGAGCCAUAGUCUAAAAUAGCCCGAUGUUGGGAGCAUGCAUAACCCAAACAUAACUAACAUAACUAACAUUGUUUUUAAAUGCUACAAUGACUGUCGUUGCAAACUGCCCCGUCUCUAUUCAUUUUGAAACUUUAGGCCACACCCUCGCGUUCCUUACACUGACACUUAGUCUUUUCUUACUAGCACAGACUUUGCUGACAGUUGCUGUGACUGUGGUAUGGUUGUCUCACCUAGCUACCUGUAGAUGAAUGUACUAACUGACUGUGAUAUGUGGUUGUCUCACCUAGCUAUCUGAAGAUGAAUGUA